GCAUCCAAUUCUGAUUCCCUUUCCAGAUCCCAGGGAGUGGGCCUUACGAGGGCCGAGGUCGAAGAUGGAGAAAUCGAGGACGCCAAGAUGGCUGAUGCUGCGAUGGCGACUCAGAAGCAGGUCGAGACCGCGGAUUCUGCGGCGCCUGGACGCGAUUCCACCGCUACUGAACCCCAGGCCACCGAAGCUCAGUCGUCUGUUACUCGCGGACAAGCGUCGAGUGAGAAGGAUAACACCUCCGUUCAUACGACGCAGAUCGAAGCAGACCUUCCUUCUCGGCCCCAGCCCCCAGCGUCGCCUGCCGGCUCACACACCCCGUCGAAAAUCUCCGACACUAGCCGACCAGCCAGUAUACCGAAGCGCCCUGAGAUUGAACGAGGCCCGUCCGGCAUCCCGAACCCCCGUUCCCAACCUCCAGUCCCACCGCGGCAUCAUCGAGAGGAGCGGUUGCCCCCACGGCCCGACCUGCUGGAAGACCGACGGGAUCGACUGCCUGACUAUCCUCGCGGUGGCCGGUUUGGAGGAGACCAUGACUACAAUCGACCAUUUGAUCAGCCCAUGGGUGACGGAAGAAACUACGGCCGCCUUGACAGGGAAUAUCUGCCCCGACCCCCAAUGGACGAGCCGUUCCGUGGACCUCCCCACCGGGAGGGACGGCCUCCACGCGACGUGGACUGGCCUGAGCGACCAGGUCGUAUGCGUCUGGAUGCACGCGAGGGUCCGCCCGGUGCACGUUCGGGCCCUCCCACACACCCUGAUCGCGCCAGUAUGAUCGACGAGCCUGAGAGGCCCGCAGAGCCCUUCCGACGCGGUGAUCCGGGUCGACCAGACAGAGACGACCGGAGGCCUUUGCCGCCCAAGGCAUUGUCCCCUCUCCGGGUCGAGCCAUUGGGGCGACCGGAACGACCUGAACGAUUCCCUGAUGAUCGCCGCACUGCGAACUAUUCGCAGCCUCAUUCCCGGACCGAAGACAUGCCGACCGGGCCGCGCGAGCGGUUUGCCCGCCCUUCUCUGGAUGGACCCGACUCAAGAGAUCCCGCGCCUGGUAUUGACAUGAACCAUGGACGACUCCGCCAACCCGAACCGUCCUCCGAUGUGCCACUAGGCCCGCGGGGAAGGGGUGUCCCUGGACGCGGUGGGCGCAUGGUGCCCGGGCUACCCCCUUCUGGGCCGGCCUCGCCUGCCACGGGUCCCCCGUCCUCCACGGAACGUCAGCCACCCACUGGCCCAGGUCGACAGGGACUGCGAAACGGACCGGAUUCGCCCGCUUCCGGGCCUCCGUCGCCGGGUGGGGAAAAGCUGGACAACAGUGGAAUCCAUCCGGACCGGCUCAAGGGCUUCCAGCAGCCAACCCCGGACACUCCAUACAACGCAGGUCCACCACGCCCACAUCAUCCCACCUCUCCCGCGGCUAUUGUUCCACCCACCGGACCACGUAGUGGCGUUGGCCCACCGGCCGGACCCUCCUCUCUACCUCGCGGACCGCCAUCAGGCCCCGGUGGCUUUGGCGGGGAACGCGGCCGCGGAGACAAGCGAUUUGCCGGGAUCAACAACAUGCUGCAGCAAUCCGGGGGGGCUCUAGAUCGGGGGCCUGGCCCAAGCAUCCGUGGACGUGGCGCCAACCGACAAUCGAGCGGCAUGAACGCCCCCUCCCCGCAAUCGACACGACCCCAGACUCCCGUCGCAUCGGAUGAUGGGACUCGAAGUGGGCCCUUGUCCCAGGGCCGGCCCUCUGGAUCAUCCUUCGGCGACGAGGACGGCCCUCCGCGGAACCGGCUCGGCGGGGGACGCGAGCUUCUCGAGGAUACAGGUGCCGAGAACCGGCGUACCCAGCGAUUCUCAUCGGGGGCCACCUUCCCCCCUGAUCGGGAGCGCGACCAGGGACGAGACCGCGAGCGCGAGCGACGGGGCGGCGACGACGACGGAUCGCGCAGUAGCGGACGACGCGAGGACCUUCGAGACCGGACGCGAGACUACGAACGCGAACGGAGCCGUCGCAGCGAUGCGGGCGCCAGCGCCUCUCGCGAAGAACGGUAUGAAUCGCGCGAGGCGUCCCGCCGUGGACCCGGCGCGCGCGAAGACAACCGACGACGACGCGACCGCGAGGAGGGAUCGGACCUCGCUCCCACCAGCCAGGAGAACGAGGGCCGCCUGCGCCCCCCCUCCUCUCUCGGCGGACCGCCAUCCCAGGGCCUGCCACCGCUCGUGGUGCCUGGCCCCGAGGAGGAGCGACGCUGGGGCGGCGGCCGCGACCCGCGCGGAGAUCGAGACCGCACGCGCGAUCGUCCCCGCGAGCGAGACUACCAUCGCAAGCGCAAUCGGCCUGGGGAUGAGUCGGGGCCUGAUGGCAGCGGACGUGGGGGGAUGCGCAUGGGCAGCGAGAAUAAGCGCCCUCGGCGAGGAGCGUGAGGUGGGAGGUUGGCGGAUGGACGGACGGACCGAUGGUUGGAUGGCUAAAUGAAAGGGUGGUGUUGCAUUGUGGCUUGGCUUGGCUUGUCUCUCAUUGAAUCUAUUUUCUUUUCUUUUUUUUUUUUUUUUUUUUU